CUCCCCCACAAUCCCAUAACAUCUCUCUUACGUCAGAAACUUUGUAGGUAACCUUUAGAGCCUAUAAAUAACAAACCUCCCAAACUUCAUUACAUCCCAUGCUCACAACUCACAACUCACAACUCACAACUCACAACUCACAACCAAAACUAAAACCAUAAUCCUUAAAACCCUCCUUAAUUAUUUCCUUUACAUUCUACAAAAAGAAAAAAAAAAAAAAUCAUCAAAAUGUCAACCAUUGUUUAUCAAGAGUUACAACCUUCUUGUACUAAUACUGAAUCCUUUUUCGUUGAGUCUCGAACCCUCAACCUCAAACUCAAUAAUUUCUCGAAAGUCGAGACUGAAGCCGCCACUAUUAGUGGUGGUUGGUCUGCGAUUGAAGCUCUUCCAAGUAAAAGUGACUCAUAUAAAACGUCGAAAGAUGAGCCUCCAUAUGUGCAUCCAUUAGUUAAACGGUCAUCUUUCAUGCUUAGUGAAAAAAGUUUGGAAAUGUGUACGGAAAGUCUAGGUAAUGAAUCCGGUUGUUGUUCGAUGGAAAGCGGAUUAUUUUCGUUUCCUUCAACAACAACAACAACAACGAUGAAGAUGCAAGAUUAUAAACCACGUCAAAAGUUACAAAAAAGAAAGACAUUAAUCGUAGACCACGGAAAGUUUCCACCUCCUUUGACUACGAUUAGUGGUGGUUCAAAUCCUAUCCAUGUUAAACAGUAUCGCGAAGAGGGUAGAUUGGUACUUGAAGCCGUUUGUUCUCCUCCAAUUCAAUCUUAUUUACAAUCUGAAAGAAGUGAUGGUAGACUAAAGUUGUCCAUAGUAAGGGCAUUAUCGACCGACGAUAUUAAAAAUGAUGAAGAAGAGAACUAUUGUGAUUCUCAAAUUAUGGAUAAUGAUGUGGUUGAAGAAUUUUUGGAUGAUGAAAUGGACCAUGAAAAAGAAAUAAUGGAGGUUGAUGUUGUUGAAAAGGAAGACUUGAAUUUGGAAGAAUGUAAUAGUAGUAGUAAAGAAAAUGAUGCAAAUUUCUUCGAGGAUAUGAAUGGAAUAACAGUGGAGUUUGGGGUUAAAUUGGGGUUAGGAAAGAUUCAUAGACCAACUAGAUGCAAGGAAAGAGGUCAGGGGAAUAAGAGAUUAAUAAAUUGGGAAUCUUUUUGGGUGGCUACUUAGAAAGAAAAAAAAAAAGGUGGAACAAUUUUUUUUUGAACACCCUUUUAUUUUUGUCUGGGCUUUUGGUUGAUUCAUGUACUGUUGAAUAUAUAUAGUGAUUUUUUUUGGGUUCAUUCAUAUAUACUA